AUGAGUACGCACGACCUCAUAGAAGGCGAAGCCUUGCUGGACGAGGAGGACAACGAAGAGUCCUUCGAUGAAGAGGUCAAAGAGGGUGCCGGAACGAACGGCCGCUACGAUGAUUCCAGUGAUGAAGAAGAGGACGAGGAUGAUGAAGAAGCCGCCCGCGCAGUACCGCCCCUGAAACCCUCCACUGCAUGUUUCAUUGUCGACGAGGAUGAAGAGAUCGAGGAACGUACCCGCAGCAGACGGGAGAAAAGGAAACGUCGACGAGAAGAACGGGAGCGAGAAGACGAGCAUCUGGACGAGGAAGAUCUGUACCUGAUCGGAGAGCACAACCCCGAGUUCCAGGCUCCAGCCGCGACAGAGUCUAAAUUCAAACGUCUGAAACGCGGCCACAAGGAUCGGGAUCGUCAGCCCUCCCAGGGAAUAGACGAUAUCUUCAAGUCCGACGAAGAGGAAGAGGUAGACUACGGAAGGCCUGGCCAUGGUCGGAGGGGCAUGCAUGAUGACAUGGGUGACUUCAUCGAGGAGGAUGUCUUCUCCGACGAAGAAGGUCAGGUUGGACGUGAAGAUGAGGAGGUGGCGCGUCCUGCGAGGAGGGGUGUGUCCGGACCCGGUGUUACCGACGCAACAGGAUUAGACGAAAAUGCUCUUGAGGACAUGCGCAUGGCCUUCGGCGAUGGAAACGAGUAUCAAUUCGCGCUCGAGAUGGAAGAGGAGGAGGAAGAGCAAGAGGAAGACGAGGAAAAGCAUCUCGACCUGAAAGACGUCUUCGAGCCGUCGCAGCUAGCGGAGAAGAUGUUGACGGAGGAAGACAAUGAGAUCCGUCUGCAGGAUGAGCCCGAACGGCAUCAACUCGCACGGAAGCCGUAUCGCCACGUGGUCCUCAGCGAAGAGCAAUUCCGGGAGGAGGCAGUCUGGAUCUCAAAUCUGAUGCUGCUUAAAAAACGUAUCGAACCCGAGUUGCGAGAGCCGUUUCAGCGUUCUAUUGCUAAAGUUCUGGAGUUUAUGACGACCGAUGACUGGGAGGUUCCGUUCAUCUUUCAACACCGCAAAGACUAUCUGAUUCAUGCUGCCAAGGUACCAGUAACACCAGAUCCGUCCAAUCCAGACGCUCCUCAAUAUACGAUCAAGGCCGAGAAGCUGUUGAAUAUGACGGAUCUAUGGGACAUCUUUGACUACGACUUGAAAUUCAAAGCUCUGAUCGACAAGCGAAAUGCUGUGCAGAAGACGUAUGAUAAUCUCCAGAGUCUGUUUAACGUGCAGGAUAGUGUCUUUGAGGAGAUGCUUCCGGCGGCAGUGACCAUGGAAGAGCUCCAGGAUCUACAAGAUCAUAUCCAUUUUCAGUACUCGUCGCAGCUGAAGGACAUGGCCGUGACGGAGAAUGGAACGCGGGCGAACGGUGAAGGUGCCCAGCGGCGGAAGACUACAGCCAAGACCUUUUUCGAACGUGUUAGGAACAGUAAGGCCUACGGGCUGGUUCGAGCGUUCGGUAUCUCAGCGGAUGCCUUCGCUCAGAAUGCACUCAAGGAAGGCCGACGGCAGUACACCGAAGACCCUAGCGAGCGCCCCGAGGAAAUGGCUGACAGUAUGCUUGAUUCUGACUUCACCAAUUCGUCCCAUGCUCUAAAAGCUGCAAAGACUAUGUUCGCCGAGGAACUGGUGAUGAGCCCAAAGAUGCGCAAGGUGAUCAGGCAGGCCUACUAUAUGAAUGGAGUCGUUGAGUGUUUCCGCACCGAGAAAGGUCUCCGUCGGAUUGAUGAGCAACAUCCGUACUACGAGUUCAAAUACCUGCGGAACCAGCAACUUAGUGAUAUUGCCCGGCGUCCAGAACUGUACCUGCGAAUGCUCAAAGCCGAAGAGGAGGGUCUGGUUGAGGUGAAGGUUCGUUUUGAGAACUUCGACAACUUCCGGCGACGCCUCUACUCCGAUAUCGAAUCUGAUAACUUCAGCGAGAUCGCCGAUGCCUGGAACAGGGAGCGACGGAGCGUGCUUGAUGCAGCCCUGUCCAAGUUAGAGAAGCUGAUGAGCCGUAGCGUGAAGGAGAAUAUUCGGCAGGAAUGCGAGAUUCACGUUGCGAAGGAAUGCCGAGAAGCUUUCUCGUUGCGGUUGGACCAGGCCCCAUAUAAACCCAAGGGUAUGGUACUUGGUACGGUGCCUCGCGUUCUGGCCUUGUCAAAUGGAUCUGGUAUCAUCGGUAAGGAUCCAAUUAACUGGGCUUGGGUUGAGGAAGACGGCCGUGUACUCGAAAAUGGGAAGUUCACCGACCUCUCUGUUGGCGACAAAGACCGCAACAUUUCCGACGGGAAAGAUGUGGAGGCCUUUGUGGAGCUCGUUCAAAGAAGGAAGCCUGACGUUAUUGGAAUCUCAGGUUUCUCGCCAGAGACACGGAAGUUGUACAGACAACUUACCGAUCUCAUCGACAAAAGUGAUCUCCGUGGGGCUUCCUACACUGACGACCGCGACGAAGAAGUGAGUGAUCGCUUGGAGGUUGUUAUUGUCAAUGAUGAGGUCGCCCGAUUGUAUCAACACAGUGAUCGAGCGAGAUUAGAGCAUCCUGGAUUCACCCCCCUAACACAUUACUGCGUCGCGCUGGCGCAUUAUCUCCAGAGUCCUCUGAAGGAAUAUGCUUCCCUGGGUCGGGAUAUCAUCUCCAUCCAGUUUAAACCCGGCCAACAGCUUGUAUCUCAGGAGCUUCUGAUCAAGCAACUGGAAAGUGCUCUGAUUGACAUGGUUAAUCUCGUGGGCGUCGAUAUCAAUGAAGCGGUUAGCGAUACGUCCGCCGCCAACCUGCUUCCGUACAUUUGUGGUCUCGGCCCUCGAAAAGCUGAGCAUCUGUUGAAGAUCAUUAACAUGAACGGUGGGGUUGUGAACGGGCGCGUAGAGCUUCUCGGCGUCAACGCGCAGUACCCAGCAAUGGGGGUUAAAGUUUGGAAUAACUGUGCCAGCUUCCUUUACAUCGACUACGAAAAUGCCGACAACGAUGCGGAUCCACUAGACAACACGCGUGUACACCCAGAAGACUACGAUAUCGCCCGGAAGAUGGCUGCGGAUGCUCUCGAGCUUGACGAAGAGGAUAUCAAGGCGGAAACAGACGAGAACGGUCCCGGAGCUAUUGUUCGGAAAUUGUUCAAGGAAGAGGCCCAGGACCGAGUCAACGAUCUUAUUCUCGAGGAGUAUGCGGAGCAACUCGAGAAAAAUCUCAAUCAGCGAAAGCGGGCUACCUUGGAGACUAUCAGGGCUGAGUUGCAACAACCGUACGAAGAACUGCGAAAACAGUUCGUUUUCUUAAGCACCGAUGAUAUCUUCACCAUGUUUACCGGCGAGACCUCGAGCACGCUUGCUGAGGGGAUGGUGGUGCCUAUAUCCAUUAAGAGGAUCACAGACGAUCAUAUCGACGGGAAGCUAGACUGUGGCAUUGACGCAUUGGUUCCAGAGAUGGAGCUCACGGAUCGAUAUGAUGUGCCGGUUAAGAGCUUAUUCUCAGUUCACCAGACAGUGCAGGCGAAGAUUCUGUAUCUCAACCGGAAGAACUUCACAGCCAAUGUAUCGCUUCGUGAAGAGCAAGUCAGCCGGCCCUACCGCAAGCCCAUGGAUCAUAUGCGAGGGGAGUGGGACGACCGCCAGGAACAGCAGGAUAAGGAACUGAUGGAGGAGAAGACCCAGGUCGGCGGCCGGGUGAUGCGUGUCAUCAAACAUCCACUUUUUCGCCCAUUCAAUGCAGCGCAGGCGGAGGAGUUCCUGGGUACCCAGAGUCGCGGGGAUGUUGUGAUCCGGCCCUCGUCCAAGGGCCCAGACCAUUUGGCUGUCACCUGGAAGGUUUCUGAUGGAAUCUACCAACAUAUAGAUGUCCUGGAACUGGACAAAGAAAACGAGUUCUCAGUCGGCCGGACGCUCAAGAUUGGUGGUCGCUAUACCUACAGUGAUCUCGAUGAGUUGAUCGUGAACCAUGUCAAGGCUAUGGCGAAGAAGGUUGACGAGAUGAUGCUGCACGAAAAGUACCAGAGUGGGAGCAAGAGCGACACUGAGCGCUGGUUGACCACGUAUACUGAAGCGAACCCAAAGCGAUCCGUCUACGCCUUCUGCAUCAACCCGAAAUAUCCCGGCUACUUCUAUCUCUGCUUCAAGGCCGGCCAGAAUGCGAUGCUACACAGCUGGCCCGUCAAGGUGAUCCCGCAGGGCUAUGAGCUGCAGCGGAACCCUUAUCCAGAUAUGCGAGCGUUGUGUAAUGGCUUCAAGUUGUUGUUCACGAACAUGCAGGCCGGGAAACGACGGUAG